AUGCUGUACCGGCGCGGCCGUUUCCCUUACCGGCGUGGCAGCAAAGAGAAGAUCCAGGCAGCUGUUUUCUCAGCUCCCCUUGUUCUGCAUCAGCAGGAGCAGCAGCAACUGCUAGCCAUCGCCGUCGCACGCCCUUCUGCCGCAGCACCACCAUCCCUUGAAGCAGCUUCUGCAACAAAAACAUUUCCAGCAGCUGUUCCGUCGCCAGUAUCCUUAGAAGCAACAGCAGCAGCAGCAGCAGCUGUAGUGACACCGGCGGCGCCUGCUGAGACCCUUUAUGCCGACCAUGUCUCGGCAGUGAGGGAUUCUCAAGAGCUCCUAAAGAAUGUGCACUCUCUUGUUGACGUGCAGAUCCCUCCGCCCCCCGCGGCGGAGGCAGGAUCGGCCGCAACAGUUUCUGCUUCUGCUGCUUCUUUGCCUGUCCUGCGGCAGCAGCAAAAGCAGCUAGCUGCGCGCUGUCGUUUGCUGCAGCAGCAGUUUAGGGACCACCAGGAGUCUGUACAUCGCGUUGGCCCAGGUGCUGAGGUAUUUGAUGUGCAGGGAGACCCAAGGCUCCUAUGGCGACAGGGCCUCCCAGAUAUGUGCAGCAGCUUUGCGUUCAGCACAGCUUGCGACAAGUGGCAGCAGCAGCAGCAGCAGCAGAAGCCGCAGUGGCUAGCUGUGGGACUGAACUGCGGGGGUUUGAUGUUGCUGGGGGGCCGCGACGGCUCUCUCGUUGCAUGCAGGAGGAAACACACAGACUUCAGCAGCAGCAGCAACGGCACCAACAUCAGCAGCAACAGCAGCAGCAGCAGUAACAGCAAUGACAGCAGCAGCGGAGAGGGGGAGGCACCGGGUUGCAGGCAAGCCACUGCACAGCAGCAGCAGCACGAGGAAGCAAGACUUUUCCACGGGUCCUCUCAACUUCUGGAAGAGCCUCUCCAGCAGCAGCAGCAGCAAGAGCUUGCUCCGCAGCACGCGUGCCUGAAGCUGCGGCUGAAGCGGCAGUGGCAGCAGCAGCGGCAGCAAGAGGCACAGCUGCGGCUGCUGGCCACUAAAGCUGAAGUUCGCGAAAUGCUGCAGCGCGUUUUGCUGCAAAUGGAGUGGCUCGAGCUGCAGCGGCAGCAGGCUGCUGCUGCUGCAGCAGCAGUUGUGGCGCUGCAGUGGUUCAGCCUUGACAUGCUCCUGCAGCAGGACUCUGCCUUUCUCUCUGUCAUAUCUGCUUCUGCUGCGUUGCAGCCAGAACCCCUCUUCAUUUCUGCUUCUGCUGCUGCAGCAGCGGAGGAGAUCGCUGAUCUUAGCAACAGUGGAAGCAGCAGCCACAGAGACGAGAAUGGCAAUAGGAGCAGCAGCAGCAUGAGCAAGAGCUGCAGCGCUGUGAUGCUGCACCCUGCUGACCCCAAUGGCAGCAGCAAGCGCCCCUUGCAGUGUCUCCUGUCCGCAGAUGCUUCUGGCUGCUGCUGCUGCUCUUUAGACGGGUUGCUGCCGCUUGUCUUCCUGCAGCUGCAGCAGCUACUGCCUCAGGGGGACACCCACUUGCUGAAGCCCCACAUUUCUAAGAUUUACGGCUUAUCUCCACAGCAGCAGCAACAGCAAAAGGAGGAGCUGCAGCAGCAGCAGCAGAAGCAGCAAAACAUGCUGCUGAUGCCCCCAAAAGCCUCUCCUGCAAAGCGCAAAAGAGCACCAACCUACUCCACCCCACACCUGCAAUACCAGAAUAACAGCAGCAGCAGCAACAACAACAACAACAGCAACAGCAGCAACAACGAAGAGGAUGAGGAUUGGAAAAUCAGCGGUUCUUUGGUGCCUCUUCUUGGUGACGUGAGGCCUUCUAAAGACACUCCGUGCAAGCCAGCUGCAGCAGCCACACCAACACCAACACUAGCCGCAGUCUCAGCACCAACAGCAGCAAUAGUUGCUGCGGCAACGGCUGACGCAGCAGCUGCUUCCCACUGCAGCAAUGCGCCUGCCAUCUCAAGGCGAGGCCUUGUCUCCUCGUUGCCGCCAAGUCGAGUAUCUGCAUCUGGUGAAGGGCCCUCCACCUGUUCUGAGAGUGCAGCAGCAGGAGCAGCAGGGAAAAAGCAUAAAGAAGAAGCAUCAAAGCAGCAAACGUCUACUACUUCCGCCCCGUUGAGGCAGCUGCUGGAGCAGCACCAUCUGCAUGUGCGGACAGUGUGUUUGAGCCCGUCACUGGACUGUCUUGCCUUUCUUUUGGCACCUUCGGACUCAGUACUUGCCAGUGCUGGAAGUGCAGCAGCAGCAGCAGGUGCUGCUGCUGCUGCUACAGGAAACUGCCGCUCAGAGCAUCCAAACAAGGGUUCUGUGGGCGGAAACGCCCACGAAUGUAAAGGGCCCCUGGAGGUCACUCCGCCUCCGCAGGCAGUAGAAAAAGGAGAAGCAGCUUCAACAGGGGCAGCAGGAGCAGCCGCAACAGCAGCAACGAUGCCGAAACGGGUUGUGGCAGAGCAACAGCAGCAGCAGCAGCAGCCGCCGCUGCUGCAGCGUGAUGGCUUCCUAGUGCUCGCAUGGCUUCCACAGCUUCCGGUGAUAUUGCAGAACGUCGCUGCUGCGCUGCUGCUGAUGGAGGCAGCAGAGAACGACCUAGCGUUCGCAGCAGCGGCACUGCAGCAAGUCAAAGGCUUGUGGACUGCUGGUGCUGCUGUUGCUUCAGCUGCUGAUCCUGCUGCUGCUGCCGCUGUUGCUGCUGCUGCUAGGGAAUCAAGCUCCCCAACAAUACAGCAUGCUGCCGCAGAAAGCCAGCAGAGCGCUUCGUCAGCUGCUUCAGCCAGUUGCCCUUCACUUCAGGAAAGGGCAGCAGGUGCAGCAGUAGCAGCAACUACAGUAGCCCCUGCUGCUGAUGCUGCUGCUUUCGCUGCUGCUGCUGCUGCACCUUCCAGUUUCACCACGGUCGAAAUAAGCACGCCUGCCACGGAUUCGUCUUGCAUGGAGCAGGAAGUGCAGGAGCAGCAGCACCAUCAGCAACAGCAGCAAGGGCAAAUGCAAGUGCCAGCACUAAGCAGCAGUACAUACAGAAUCCGCAGCGACGCAUCGGAGGCCUUCAUUCCGCUAAUGCCUGAGCACCUCCAGAAUUUGGCAGCGAUCGUGCAACAGACGGUUCAUCCUGCUAUUUCUCGAGCCAUGGUGCUGGCAGAGCAAGCAGCAGCAGCAGCUGCUGCCGUUGCUGCUGCCGUUGGUGCAUCGCCUGCUGCUGAUGCUGCGGCUACCACUGUGUCUUUGUCUCCCAAUCCUGAACAAUCGCCUACUGCCCCAGAAGCAAGCCUUGACUUCAACGAGCCAAAGGCAGCAGCACGAGCAACAGCAACAGCAACGGCAAAGGCGACUGCUGCAGCAACGACGGCAGCAACAGCAUCGGCAGCAACGACUUCAGCAGCAUCAACAGCAACGGCAACAACAGCAGCAAGAGCAGCAUGCGCUGUGCGCCGGAUGUCGGCAGAUCUCUUGGCUGUCAGUGACUCCGUGUGUGAGCUUGCUGCAGAGCUGGACUCCACAGCAGCAUGCACCGAGUUGCUUCUGUCAGAUACAUCUGAGCUCAGCGCUGCGAGCGUCGCUUCGCUGCGGCGGAGGCACCGCAAGGCAGAGCAUCAAAUUGACUUCCUUUUAAAGCGCUGCAGAGAGGCGCGUGUAGUAGCGCAAAAUUUCAGGCGGCAGAUGACGGGAGGUUUCUGGUUGGGUGAAGGCGCUAGGGUUGCUGCAUUGCAGCUGCCUGGCUUUGCUGCUGCUGCACCGGCUCAGCUGCUGCCAGCCUCUUCUUCUGAUCUUGCGGACGCUGCUACAGGUCAUCAGCAGAAAAGGGAGCACCAAUCUCUCAUCACUCCCAAGGCAGCCGGCGGCUUUGCUGUUUGGUGGGCCUCACGCGACGCCAAAUCAGCAGUAGCAGCAGUAACAAGAGCGCCUUCAGCAGCCGCAACAGACUCCAUCUAUACAGACCCUGCGUGUCUGUGCCGCUGCUGCAUCCGCACUUCUGCUGCUAUUUCUGAGGCAGCAGCAGGAGCGAGCACCAGCAGCAGGAGCAGCAGCGCCGUAACAUUCCCCGCAGCGUGGAUAGACAGCUGGCUGCUCUCUUUCAGCCCACAAGACAGCAGCAGCAACCCCCAGCCGCAGAGUCUGUUUCGCUCGGGGGAACCUCAGGAGGCCCCCCUAGAGGGGGCCCCCCUGACAGUUGGCAGCUCGGAGCUCCAAGACAUUUCGGCUAUCAGCCCCACAGAGGUUUGUGCUGCAGUCACGUGCGGCGGUGAGCCAACGCUGCUGCUGCUGCAGCAACCGGAGCAGCAACGCCAGAGGCAACGGCAGGAGCUGUGUGCGGUCGUCAGGAAGCUGCAGGGCUUCUCGGGAACUUGGGGUAGCACGCCAACGGACUUGCAGCUGUUUACUGAGUAUCAAUCUCGGAAGGCCGCUGUCACUUCGGCUUCCUUGGGUCGGUUCUGCUUUGUGCUGCUCGAGGAGCCAGAGAGGAGCUGCACCAACAUCUAG